GUCGGACCGGAAUAAAAACCAUUAGCUUUGACAUUUGAGUGAAUGUAAUUCGUGCGGUGAGUGUGUGACAGCUGGCAAGAUACGACAUCAGCGGCCACGCGACAUGGGUUAGGGUAUACGUAGACGGGGAGGAACAGAGAUACACACGUGUUAUUUCGUCAGCUGUUUAUUUAAGCGGUUUGAUCAAAGCACUGCCUGUACCCAACAGGUGGCUGACUUCCCAACAAACUCUUACCUUUGUCGUCUGUUGUGUUGCUACUUACUUGUUAUCACAAUGCGGACAAGUAUGGAAGUGUCCGCGUUGGUGUUUUUGUGUGCCAUGAUUUACACAUGUGUUUUCGCGAACCACACUGACAAUAGACCCAUGCACGAAAAUGAGGUGCCCUGUCACCCAGAACAGGUCCACAUUGCGUAUGGGGACACAACAUCAGAAGUGGUAGUUAUGUGGGCGACACAAGAGGAGUGUACCACAUCGGUCAGUUACGGUACUGACCCCUGGGGUCUGACCACCACUCUCACUGGUCAGAUGUCACAUUUCACUGAUCUCAAUCAACAGGGGCUACAAUGUCUACACAGGGUCAAACUACAGGGAUUGACACCAGAAACCACUUACUUUUACCGGCCCCUGAGUGAGGGAGUUAGCAGUGGACCGUUUUACUUCAGGACGCCCCCUAGUGGGCAGGCGUGGGAACCUGAAUUCCUGGUGUAUGGUGACCUUGGUGUAGAAUCGGACAGUGUGCCUUACCUUAAUACCGAGGUUCUAGGGGGAAACUAUACAGCCGUCCUACACGUGGGUGACUUUGGGUACAACCUGAUGGACCAAGAUGGACAGUCGGAGGCCUCCAACAUAACAUGCUUCCCCAAGGUCGGAGAUCAGUUUAUGAGGAUUGUAGAGGACAUAGCGGCCAGAGUACCCUACAUGACUUCACCAGGAAACCAUGAGAUAGAUGGAGACACCUUCAGCCAUUACAGGUACCGGUUCUCUAUGCCAAACACUGACUGGCCAAUCCCUAUAGAUAAGAUGUGGUACAGCCUGGACAUUGGGCAGGUACACUUUGUCAGUUACUCCUCCGAGGUGUUCUUCACCCAGCAAGGUGUUCAUGUGGACGCCCAGAGAAACUGGCUGAUGGCUGACCUAAAGCAAGCUAAUGACAACCGUCGUAACUGCCCAUGGGUGAUCGCCUAUGGUCAUCGACCCAUGUACUGUUCCAACACGGAUGAAGAUGAUUGUACCAAGGGAGCAUCUAAAGUCAGGGAAGGUCUAGAGGACCUGUUCUUUGACUACGGCGUGGAUGUGGUACUCCAGGCCCAUGAACACUCUUACGAACGUCUCUGGCCCCAGUACAAAGGGGUGGUUCUGGCUAAGAACUAUACCAACCCACAGGCUCCUGUUCAACUCAUCACAGGUGCUGCAGGCUCCAAACACGGGGUUGACCAGGAGAACAAGACAUUCUCGGACUGGUCAGCCUUCAGGAUGGACACCAUAGCCUUUAAUAGUUUUGGUCGACUGAAAGUGAAAAAUGCCAGCCACCUGUAUUGGGAGCAGGUGUCGGUGAAGGACAGUCAUGUGUUGGACUCUAUCUGGAUCACACAGAACUUUCACGGUCCAUUCCACAAGGCUGAGCUGGAGACAGAUAAGGCCAAGAAGAUUGAGGAUAAAGUGAAGGAUGAAUCUGUGAUAAACACCGACACAGCCUCUCAUCAGGUAGUCAAUUCCCCACAGGAUGGGCCACACAUAAGCUCAGGGGACACAAACUCUCCUGACACCAGCAUAUCGGAGCGUGCCCGCAGCAUGCUGGAGUCCACCAAUGUACGCCUGGCCCUUGGCAUUGGAGGAGGUGUCUUGGUGCUUGUUGUUAUUAUAACCAUAGUGAUUCUACAGAAGCAGAAAAGGAAGGCGAGGAAGUACAGACGCUGGGAUGAGACGGUGGACUACGGGCGUAAGUUUUACUCCUCAGGGUACUCCCAAGUCCACCAUGGAGAGAAGGACACAGACGAAUUUGAAGUUGAGGUGAAUGAACCUAGUGCAGCAACAGCCAAACUACUGACAGAAUGAGGGUCUACUGAAACCAGCAGAUCUAUAUUUAAAUACUGAGUAGUCACAUGUGGGCCGAGUGGUGAAGUUCUCUACAUCAGAUUCUCUUACCGACGGUUCCCUGUGAUACCCAAUAUAUGGUUGCUAUGAAAUCCAGUGCAAUAUUUUGAGCCUAUACAUUCCAUCCAUGUGAUAUCGUGUCGAGGACGUUUGUCCCGAUAGUCCCAUUGGUAAUGGCUUCCAAGUUUAUCAUACGAGUGAUAAGUGCCUUAAAGAUUAUAUGGAACUGUAUACUCCAGUAGCUACCAUAACAUACACUUGUACAUGGAGAUACUUUAUUGUGUAUUAACUGUAAACCACUACAUAUCGGAGAGAAGUUCCACUAACGUUGAUCAUUAAGUCUCUGAUAUCAAUGUCUAGAAAUGGUAAACAAACAUGAAUUUAGCUGAGGAGUUGUACAUUUCUGUGGCAUCUUACUUUGUGACAGGCAGUCUUACAGUUUGUCCGAUUCCACAACCAUCCAUGUAAGGUUUUGUCCAGUUUAAAGCUUUAUAAUACUGUUGAUAUGAUUUAUCAAUAUGGUGUUGCUACAGACUUUUUGAAGUGAAAAAAAAACUCUGUAAGAUUUUUCACAUUAAUGGAUUAAGAUGAUGGUGAUGACUUGUCUAUUGUGGACACUGAUGUGUUGGUAAUGACUAUUUCUCCUGUGAUAUCAAAGUUUAACAUUCCUGUGUAACAUUCCGGUAAUAGAUCUGUAGGUUAGGUGUGGGGGACUAGAUAUUACUGUAUUAAAAUGGCGAUAUGGAUAUAAAACGGUAAAAUAUAGAAUAUCUGAUAAUAGUUAAUAGAUCUUUGGUGAUUAAAUCAGCAUUUACCUAUAUAAUAACUUUUCAUACAGUAAAUCUAUAUUCAAGACUAUAUGUGUUGUUGAUUGUGCAUUUUUAUAACUGGCUGAUGGUGUAAUUGAUCUGUAUUGAUCGAUUGAUAUGGAUCUUUAUUCAUUUUACGUUUUGUUAAAAUAUUUGACACUUUGUCUGAUCUCUAACCACCAAAAAAUUCAUUGUAUAUAAUUUUGUUGUUUUUGAUGUUGUUUACAUAUUGUGCUCUUCCUAUAACUUGGGGACCAUAACUGUUAGAUCAUUUAUAGGAGUGUUAUGACAUAUUACUUGUCAUGAUUCAUGUCGAAGAUGAAUUAUUAUCAAAAUGAAUUCUUCACAUUUUGAUAUUAGAAUUGAACAUUUAUAAUAUGAUAGUUAAUACUGACAGAUUUGCCAAAUUUAUCAAAACAGAAGAGCUGAAGCCAUUUUAUGUUGUGAUUUUAAAUACUUUUCAAACCUUGUUGCCAUGUCACCUCCAUGUAUGUCUAUCUCUAAAUGGUCCGAAAUUAGCCAUCAUCAUCACUGUGAGUGAAAAACCAAGAUAUGAUGUUUUACAAUCGUUACAAUUGUCUAUUACAUUUCUAUACAUUCCUUUGUAAUUUGUGUGUUUGUGUAUAUUGCAGAUAUAUAUUUUUUUCACUGAUGAUUUAAGAAUUAAUCAUAGACUUCCAUAUUUUCAUUCUCAGUGCUCAUUUCAAAUAAAUUUUGAGUGAUAAAAAAAUGUUAACAUUAUUUUCAGUUGUCUUUUUCAAAUACAGCUUUACGAUAAAUAUAUUUAACACUUUUCUGUGUCAUUUCAAAGGAAAACUGCCAAAAAUAAUUGCUACAUGUGCAUUGAUUGCUUAAAUUUUUUGGAAUCAUAUUUUUGUGUUUCAAGUAUUUUGUAUUUUAUUUUGGAGUGUAAUUAUCUGGGUACAGGUGUACAAUGUAUGUAUCAUUAUGUUUAUGUAAAAUUUGAUGAUGGAAACAAAUGACAUUAUUAUGUGUAAAAGUUGGCCAGGUAUGGCCAGGAGAGUUCGGUACAGUUAUUCUGCGUGAUUGUAUCUUUCUCUAUGAGAUUCAGCAUUCAUCAAGACAUUAAAUCAUUUUUCAUGAA